CUUGUGUCGUUUUGUGUUCCUAGUGACCUGCUUGGUUAUCCUAUUCUUCUGUGAUUUGCCACCGAAACAUUGCCUGAGAGGACCAAAAGUACAUAUUUUGAUUACGUUUCUGGACUUAGUUAUAUUCUGAGGCAAUCAUAUAACAUAGCUGUGACGCGCCCCUGGGCGCCCCUAGCAACAUGGCGACCCGAGCGGUGCUCCAAACGUUUGAGCGGUAUCAGAAGGAGCGAGUGGCGUUCGUCACAGCUGUUGCUGAAAUGGCUAAGAAUCCUCAAAACAUCGAGGCUCUCCAGCAGGCGGGAGCUAUGGCUCUCCUCCGUCCAUUGCUGCUGGACAAUGUACCAAGCAUACAGCAGUCCGCUGCGCUGGCCCUGGGACGGCUUGCAAACUACAGCGAUGAUCUAGCGGAAGCUGUCGUCCAGAACGAGAUUUUGCCCCAGCUGGUUUACUCGCUUAGCGAGCAGAACAGGUUCUACAAGCAGGCCGCGGCCUUUUGCUUGCGGGCUGUGGCACGGCAUUCACCCGAGCUUGCUCAAUCGGUGAUUGAUAGUGGUGCUUUGGACUCUCUGGUAACGUGUCUGGAGGAGUUUGACCCGGGUGUGAAGGAGGCAUCGGCUUGGACGCUAGGGUACAUCGCUGGCCACAACGCAGAACUGGCACAGCAAGUGGUGGAUGCGGGCGCGGUCCCGCUCCUGGUACUUUGUGUUCAGGAGCCAGAGCUCAGCCUGAAGCGUAUUGCGGCGUCGGCCCUUUCAGACAUUGCCAAGCAUACACCGGAGCUAGCGCAGGCCGUGGUCGACGCUGGUGCCGUCCAAUACCUGGCGCCCCUUGUCAUUAACCAGGAUGCCAAGCUUAAACGACAGGUCUGCUGCGCACUCAGCCAAAUUGCCAAGCACAGCGUGGACCUGGCUGAGGUGGUGGUGGGUGCGGAGAUCUUCCCUAAAAUCCUCACCUGUCUCAAGUUCCCAGAUGAGUUUGUUAAGAAGCACAGCGCCACGGUUGUGCGAGAGGUUGCCAAGCACACGCCGGAGCUGGCGCAGCUGGUGGUGGGCAACGGUGGCGUGGGCGCGCUGGUGGACUAUAUCAGCGACUCCACGGGCAACAACCGGCUACCCGGUAUCAUGGCCCUUGGGUACAUUGCCGCAUUCUCGGAGACGCUGGCGCUUUCAGUUAUUGCCGAGAAGGCCCUGCCGCCGCUGGUGGCUGCCCUAAACGAGGAGCCGGAGGACCACCUCAAAAGCGCGACAGCAUGGACACUGGGACAGAUCGGGCGUCAUACACCGGACCACGCCAAGGCGGUGGCAGACACGGGCUGCCUGGCGACGCUGGUGUCGUUGGAAAGCGACGGCGCCUCUUCAGAGGACCUCAAGACGAAGUGCCGGCGCGCGCUGAAGUCCGUGAUUGCGAAGCUAACCCAUCUGCCCGCCCUGGAUGCGCUCGUGCACCGGGCGCUGCCGGAGAGCGUCAUGAAGAUGGUGCUGGAGCAGGUUGGCAAAGUGCUGGCGAACGACGCCGCGGGCCGCGCUCAGUUCGUACACAGCGGCGGCCUAGCUGCCGUACAGCAGAUGGCAGAGGCGCCGGGUAGCAAACUCAAAGAGGCCGUGGAGAUCAUCAACAGCUGCUACCCCGAGGAGAUCGUCAAGUACUACAGCCCCAGCUACAGCCAACAAUUGCUAGAGAAGCUGGAGAGCAUGGCGGCCACUACCGCAGCGUAUUGAGUAGGCUGAGCCGCCACUGAUGCGGUCGCAUUAGCCGCUGCCCUGGCUCCGAGCAGCAAGGGGAAUGGUUGAAGGUGGCAGGGCACAAUGUGGGGUUUUUUGCCUAUGGGGCGGACCGGGGCAGAAAGCUAUGUUUGGCUCUCCGGUGGUUGCAAGCUUGCAACAAAAGUUACGAAGCACAUAGCUGGUGAGGUGACAGACCGAGGGGCGGCACGUGCCUUGGCGAGAUCCCAUCACCACCAGGCGGGUCCUUCGUUCCGGAAGCCCGGGGUGUUGUCCAAAGGGUGGGGAAUCUUUCCAAAGGGAAGAUGUGCAGAGUCGCUUCGAGGGUCGUUACAAACAUGACGAAGGCAGAAGUUUCCGGGUGCAGGCUUACAGGGGGCUUCAGUGCAAGGGCUAUUCCGGCAUCGUGGGCUUGGGCUGUCAUAAUAUCUUAGGAGGGGAACCGUUACGCAUUGUGAACACAUGUGUAGUGAAACCUGUGUGUUCGAUUCUCUCGUAUGGGUAGGUGGGCUCGCGUUGAGACGGCCUGGCACGUUGCGAAAAGCACGGCACGUAAACCACACGGCACGGCAUCUGUGUAGAUACUAGAAAAAGAAAACCUGCGUGGCCGGCCUGCGCGUAUGUCAGUGCGCUGUGGUGCAGGAUACAGCGCGAACACAUUGGUUUGAAGGGACGCUGCUGCGGAACGCGAACCAUGACGUCACCGAGUGUGUGAGAGGCCUUUGCCAGUUUGGCGACGUUUGCUGCAGCAGACGCGUGAUUCAAGUCCUUUAAAGGCUUCGGGGUUGAUGAAAGGCAAAUGAUGCGAUUAGGAGCGCAUUGUAUACAUUCAUGGUUGGGCCCGAGUAGGGCUUUAGCUGGCGACAAGUCAGUCAUCGCUUUAAAGAUUGGUAAAUUGUCGCAGGACAUUUUAAGACGCACUGGAAGGAGGAUGCAACCGAAUUCACGGUCCACAGCUGCCCCCGGGGAUGGUCAGCAUGUGGCGCGUCGUGUAAACGCGCGGUGUC